GGGAAUUGAGCCAAAUAUGAAUUUCACAAUAGAAAUUGACACAAAUAAUUACUACAAGCUGGAAAAAAAAAUGCAUCAAACUCCUGCGCGAUUAUGCAACAAUCUUCAACGUAUCACUCGCAAUCUUUCUCUUCCCCCAACAAUCUGCUUCCACUCUUCUUCAAUCCAUCCAGAAAAUCACCACCAUGAUAAACCGCCACCACUACCACCACCAUUAUCACACCAAACAAGAUAUAACCCAGAAUCCCAAAAUGAUUUACAAUCAUUCUCAAGAACCCUAAUUGCUUCCCCAAAUCGAAUCCACAAGCUGAUUUCCUCUCAAUCAGACCCUCUUUUAGCCAAAGAAAUCUUUGAUUUAGCCUCUCGCCAACCCAAUUUCCGCCAUUCUUACCCCACUUUCCACACUCUGAUCAUCAAAUUGGGAAAUGCUCGUCAAUUCUCGCUCAUGGAGAAGCUUCUUUCUCAGCUCAAACGCCUUCGUUACCCUACAACUCCAGGUCUGUUUUCUCGCUUAAUUUGCAUUUACGGCGAUGCCCAUAUGCCUGAAAAGGCCCUUAAGAUGUUCUAUAGCAUCGUUGAGUUUAACUGUAAUCCCACCUCGAAACACCUGAAUCAUGUUCUUUCUAUUCUCGUGGCUCAGCGGAGCUUUCUUCGGCCUGCUUUUGAUCUUUUUAGGAUUGCACAUAAGUAUGCAGUGGACCCAAAUGUGAAAUCUUACAACAUUUUGAUGAGGGCUUUCUGUGGUAAUGAUGAACUUAGUGUUGCCUAUAAGCUGUUCAACGAUAUGCUUAAGAGAGAGAUUUUGCCUGAUGUUGAAUCUUAUAGAAUUUUGAUGCAGGCAUUGUGUAGGAAGAGUCAAGUGACUAAAGCUAUGGAUUUGUUAGAUGAUAUGUUUAAUAAGGGUUUCGUGCCAGAUACAUUGAGCUAUACCAGUUUGUUGAAUAGUUUAUGUAGGAAGAAGAAGCUUAGGGAGGCUUAUAAGUUGUUAUGCAGGAUGAAAGUUAAGGGUUGUAACCCUAAUCUCAUACAUUAUAAUACAGUUAUGUUGGGUUUAUGUCGAGAGGGGCGUGCACACCAGGCCAUCAAGAUUUUGGAUGAUAUGUAUUUGAAUGGAUGUUUGCCAAAUUUGGUGUCUUAUCGAACAUUGGUUGGUGGUUUGGUUGAUCAAGGGAUGUAUGAUGAAGCGAGGAAGUACAUGGAGGAAAUGAUUUCAAAAGGUUGUUCUCCUCAUUUUUCAAUAACUCAUUCCUUGAUCAAGGGUUUGUGUACUGUUGGUAGAACCGAGGAAGCUUCUGAGGUGCUAGGGGAGCUUUUAAAACACGGUGAAGUACCAUAUAUUGGUACAUGGCAAGAAGUCAUACCCAGGAUUUGCGAGGUAGAGGAGAUGGAAGGCUUGGAUGGGUUUUUGGAUGAGGUGAUUAAGGUUGACAUAAAACCUUAUACAAGGAUAAUUGAGGCAGGAGCUGCUUUAGAGGAAUAUUUGAUCAAGAAGAUACGAGCAAAUUCUGGGAAAUUUUGAGUUUUCGUGUACAAAUCUUCUGGCAAAAGACACAAAGCAUUAGUACUGUUUCGUUGUUACAAUGACAAAUCAGGCAGCUGUCUUGAAUGUCUUUCAAUAUCACUCCUAAUUUGAAUUCUCUCUGAAUUUUAAGCAAGCGAUAUGAGCUGGACUUUCAGGAAGAUUUGCAGCUUGAAACUGCGUGGCAGAAAACAUUGAUAAAAUUUGAGCCGCAACGCCUGGGUCUUUGAGAAGAAAAUAAAUGAUCCCCGCAUUCAGUGUGACACUUGGGAGAGUAUGAGGCGACUGUGAUGAGGGAGGAGCCUAUGUUGUACCUAUAGGGGCAGGAAGUACGGCGUGGAAGCCAGCCACCAGCAGUGGGGUGGUGGAAGAUAAACACAUUCGUGGCACUACUUACUGGAAAGUCGAAGGAGGUUUCUAUUACUCAAAUAGUCAAAUGUUAGUGAAGGAUAUUCCUGAUUUAGUUACUCCGUACUUUGUUUGAAAAUUCUACUUUUAAUUUUGCUAAGAGACUUUGUAAUUGUAAUAAGGCGGCACACACCAUCGCCAAGGCCUUCCUACUCUUUGACGAGGUCUUAGUGUGGAUGGAUCAUGGAUGAUUGGCAGUGCCCCCCGACAUUGUUCCUGUUGUGCUUGAGAACAAAGCUUUGAUUGAAUGAGCUCCUACAAUUUCUCGUCAAAAAAAAAAACAAAAAAACAACUCGUGCAUAAUUAAAUAAACGGAUUUUUCAUGAAAUAUCCCCGAAUUUUCGCGUAAAUCAUCAAAUGCCCCUCGACUUUCAGAAAUUCAUAAAAUACCCUUAUUUCAAUACUAAAUGUACCAAACACCCCUAUGAUGUCAUCAACCCUAAUUAAUCUAUUUAACCCACCCAUUUUCCCCUUAAUUAUGAUUUCCCCUAUAACCACCCUCAUUUUCUCUCUCCUCGCCUUCCUCUUCCUCUCCUCCGUCGCCGCCACCGUAGAAGUCUACCCCACACCUUCGGCUUCUUCUUUCCACUAACCCACCACCGCCCUGCAACCACCACCCUCACCGUUGGCGAACCACCCCUGCCUGUCGCCGCUAGCUUUGUCGACUUACCAGCUAACAAUCAAACACAACCCACCGAUAAAAUCAACCUGGGAAAGAAAUCAUAAUAGAAUCACAUACUCAACCAAUCAAACCAAGAACCAAAAGCAAAGAUCAUACUCUGGCCUAACACAUUUGAACAAUAUCCCAGUUCAGAUGUUAAUUUCUCAAAAAGUUAAGUGGGUAACUUUCAAUUUGUCGAUUGAAUGCAGGUGGGGAAAAUUAGAGCUGCACAAACUAAAAUCCAUAUAUAAAAUCACCCAAAUAAGAAAGAUGUUGGGAAAUUCAUUAACUCCUAGAUUCAUUGUAUGGGUUCGAUUUUUUAGGAGAGAGAAAAUGUCUAAGAAGAAGAUGGAAGAAUGGUGGAGCCGAAAACGUAGGCGGUGGUGGUCAACCAUUCAACUUUCCUCAUCAACAUCUUCCGCGUCAACAACACCUGGCGAAGGUGUCGCCUUCAUCAUAGCCCUCGACCUCGCUGUCCCUCCUUCCAGCUCCGUCGAGUUUCUCGGUUUAACCAAUGCCUUCGCCGGCACCGACAAUUGAGUCGACGAUGGAGUUGAAUAUGGUUGUUGCUGGGGUGAAUUUUGGAGGUGAGUAGGCGGUGGUUGCGGGAGGUCGGGGAGUGAAGGAAGUGGCGGUGGUGGUGAGAUGGGAGAUGGGUUGGCGCAAUGUUAAAGACUUGAAGGUGAUGAAGUUGAGAUAAAUGGCGACAGUCUUGAUUUCUGGGUGGGUUGGUGGGUUAAUGGGUGGGUUAAUUAUGUUUGUUAUUGGGUGGGUUGAUUAGGGGUGUUAAGUAGGGUUUAGCUGGGUUAAUUAGACGUUAAUUGGUUGAUUAUAGGUUUGAUGACGUCAUUAAAGAUAUUUGGUGUAUUAAUUUUUGAAAUAGGGGUAUUUGGUACAUUUAAUUUUGAAACAGAGGUAUUUUAUAAAUUUCUGAAAGUCGAGGGGCAUUUGGUGUAAUCCCCCGAAAAUUUAUAAAUUUUAUUAAUAUAUUUUAAUGUAUAAUUAUUUAUAUUUAAAUAGAA